AAAUUCAUUUUUAACGAUAACGGUCUAAUAUUUUGUUUAAACUUCUUGCUCAUCUUAAACGAUUCUUUCGUUUUAAAUAAAUCAUAUUAAACUGAUAAGGAUUAUAGUUUACCACAGAAGAAUAUAUCUGUUUAUCCUCAAACUAAAAUAAUAACAAUAAAACCUAAAAAAAAAAAAACUAUAAACAAUAUGAGUACUUCAAAACUUGUGAUCCUAUGUGUGAUGGUUUCAUUUGUGGCGACUGCUUAUGCCGUCACUAGUUCCUGGGGUAACUUUGCCGCGUCAUCACAAUUGCUUUAUGUUGAAAACAUAUUCAAUUCUUCAUUGCCCAGGCGAUAUGUGAAUCGAGAAGUGAGAUACCCCAAAAAUGGCAAUCCCAAUGGUCGAAUGAUAACAGGAAUCCGAGCCAUAGAUCAAGUUACUAAUGGCACUGGCGGUCAUGCAACUUUAUAUUCCGGAGGUCCUGGUUUCAAUUUCGUGAAUAUAAAACUCCAAUCUCAAUAUAAUUAUGGAUUAAUCUUCCGUGUGGAAGUUUAUGGAAGAUAAAAUUUUGUAAU